AUAAGGUUGAAAUCGUCAACGAUGACGCUGGGUGGAGGAAGGCGUUGCUCGUCGCUCUCGCUGUGAACUGACUAGAGGAACGGAAAAUGGCGGAUCUGGAAGACGUUAAGCUGGACGGGAGAUCGCUACAGUCCCUUCGAGUAGCGGAUUUAAAAGCUGCUCUUGAGGAGAGAGGACUCUCGAAAAGUGGGCAGAAGAAUGCUUUAAUAAAAAGACUCAAAGGGGCUCUCAUGCUGGAGAAUCUGCAGAGGACUUCCACUGCUCACAUUGGGCUGCAGCCAAACUCACAGAUUGGUGAGGAAAUGAGCCAGAACAGCUUCAUCAAGCAGUAUCUGGCUAAACAGCAGGAGCUGCUGAGGCAGCGACUGGAGAGAGAAGCUCGUGAAGCAUAUGACACAAGUGAGCCAGAGGACCACACAGAAGUUAAUAACAGUACAUCAUGCCCUCCUCAAGUCCAGGAUGCCACACCAGCAUUGGCUGAGCAGCACAAGCCACCUGGCCCCUCUGGUGGAGAGGGAUUGUUUGGCGCAGUGAAUGAGGAAGAGGGUAACAGGAACCAGGAGGCUGACAUGUCUGGUCCUCCUGCUUCUGGCUCUGUGGUUCCUGGUGGUGAGCGCCGGCCAGACAAGGGGUCUGCCUCCAACAAAAUUGCUGCUGACAGCGACGAUGACGAUAGUGAGGAUGGCGAGGAGGAUGGUGACGAUGAUGACUGGGAAAGCGGUGCUCGAAGAAGAAGCCACAGAGAGCCAGCAAAAGUGCCCACAACUAGAGAGAGGUCUGGUGCAUCCUGUCAACCCCCGCAGCAGCACAUGCCUUCCCUUUUGUCUCCUCAACUCCGCCAGCCGACACCUCCUCCCUCCCCACCUCCAGAGUUAUCAUUCCCCUUGCCUGACACCCCUAAACAGAGCCCCCCUAGUCCAGAUGUAGCCCCAGCUAGGCGCUCAUCCAGUACCUCUAGCUCUGGUUCAUCCAGCAGCGGCAGCCGCAGUAGCAGCCCAGAGCCACAGAGGAGUGGACAUGCUGAGCGCAAGCCAGGCCCACUGACCCUUCUGGCACGUAAAAUGGCAUCAGAAGGUGCUUUUUCGGGAGCAGGUUGGCACCGCGGCGCUGGGGAAGGUGAUAGGCAGGACAGCAGUACUCCGGCUACAUCAUUUCCUGGCAGAGGUCAUCCAGAGGGUCUGGUAUCUGCCAUCACUCACACAGCCAAUACUGCAGGCCCUGUGUCAUUUCCCAUGAUUUCAGGCACUCACCAGGGUAUCACAGGAGCACAGUCGGCUCAUAUUCAAGUACCUGUGAGUUUGCUCAAAGCCACAGCAGCAGAAGAGAGGGACAGAGAGAGGGACUCUCAGAUAUUAAGAGAAAAGGCCCUUGAGCUGCAAAGGCUACAGAUGCAGAGAAAACUUGAGCAAGAACAUGAGAGAGUUCUGGAGAAAGAGAGAAUUGAACGUCAGCAGGCAUUAGAAAGAGAAGAACGAGAAAAGGCUUUGCAGCGGGAGAGAGAACUUGCUCUAGAACGAGAGAGGAAGGAGAUGGAACUAGCUUUGGCCAAAGAGAGGGAAGCGCAAGAACAAGCCUUGGCACAAGAGAGGGCCUUGGAGCUGGAGAGGCAGAAGGAGCUUGAAAGACAGAGGGCCCUGGAGCAUGAACGUCUGCAGAGAGAAAAGGAGGAGAGAGAGAAGCGAGAGAGAGAAGAAAUGGUACGAGCAAUGGAGCUAGAAAGAGCUAAGGCUUUGGAGCAGGAAAGGAAGGAGAGAGAAAGAGCUCUUGAGCAAGAGAGGCUACAGAGGGAAAUAGCUCUGGAGGCUGAGAGAAAGGAGAAGGAGAGGAUUGAGAGAGAAAAGGCUUUAGAGCAGGAAAGGUUGGAAAGAGAAAGGUUAGAGAGAGAGAAAGCCUUAGAGAAAGAGAGACUAGAGAGGGAGAAAGCCUUGGAGCAAGAGCGACUAGAGAGGGAGAAAGCCUUGGAGCAAGAGAGACUAGAAGUGGAAAGAGCCCUGGUGCAAGAGCGACUAGAGAAAGAAAAAGCCAUAGAGCAAGAGCGAAUUGAGCGAGAGAAAGCAUUGGAGCAGGAGCGAAUUGAGCGAGAGAAAGCCUUGGAGCAAGAGCGAAUUGAUCGAGAAAAAGCCUUAGAGCAAGAGCGAAUUGAGAAAGAAAAAGCCUUAGAGCAAGAGCAAAUUGAGAAAGAGAAGGCCUUAGAGCAAGAGAGAAUUAAAAGAGAGAAAGCCUUAGAGCAAGAGAGAAUUGAAAGAGAGAAAGCCUUUGAGCAAAAGAGAAUUGAAAGAGAGAAAGCCUUAGAGCAAGAGAGAAUUGAGAGAGAGAAAGUCUUGGAGCGAGAGAAAGAGAGGUUGGAGCGGGAGAGAGCCUUAGAACAGAGGUUAGAGCUUGAGAGGAAGGAAAAGGAGAGAAAUGAGAGGGACAAAGCAUUAGAGCAAGAAAGGAUAGAGAGGGAAAAGGCCUUACGAGAGAGGGAGGAAAAAGAGAGAUUGGAGAGAGAGGCAGCUCUGGAACAGGUGAGGAAGGAGAAGGAAAGAGCCGAAAAGGAGAAGAAAGAGAGGCUGGAGAGAGAGAAAGCUUUAGAGAAGGAAAAGAAGGAGAUGGAGAGGGCACUCGAACAAGAAAGGUUAAAGAAGGAGCAAGCAAUGCAGGAAGAAAAGGAGGAGCAGGAGAGGGCCCUGGAACAGGAGAAAGAGAGAGCUAGGGGGACUGAAAAGGAUAGGGAGAGUCACCUCCCUCCUUCCAAACAUGGCCGUGAGAUUGGUCUUACCCCCCUGCCCACUCCUCCCCCCCUCUCCACAGGACCAGGUAGAAAGUCAUCAACAGAAGCAGGAGAGCAAGAAGAUGCCCAUACUCCAAUGUCCCGGUGUGAAGCAGCAGAAUCCGGUGCACCCUUGCCAGCAACACUUCAGUUGCCUCAGUCCUCAUUCAAGAAAUUCCGGUUUUUACGGGACUCCCCAAUUCAGCUCCAAUCUUCUUCCCCUUCCAUGGUCAUAAAACGGCCUCGUAACUUUUCUGAUACCGCCCAGCCUCGGGCCUCACAUGUUUCCUCCCUCCCAUCCUCCGCUGAACAGGAAGAUCCACAGAUGCGGACAAAACAGGAGGUUGUUGCCAGGGCGCCAGGAUCUGAAGGGGCCCAGCCUGAGAAGGAGACCACUGUUAACACCUCAGUGGUCCUAAGUUCCAAAAAAGAAGGGGCCACCAGCCUAGUAUUGGAGGAGAAAGAUAAAGCAGAUACUGUGAAGUCGGAACAGGCUGCCAAGGAAUCCACCAAAAAAACAAAAGAAGUGGAUGAAAGUAAGGGUCCCACAAACCCAGUGGCUACUGCACAGCAGAGGGGAAGAGCUACAAACAAGGAAGAAAAACUAGUAAGACAAAGAUCAUCAUCUAAUGAUUCCUCGUCGUCAGAAUCGGACUCUCGGUCCUCGUCUUCUCGGUCCUCUGGCUCAUCCACAUCCUUUCAAGAGAAGACCUGCUCCACUUCAAGAAUUAGAAGGGAUGGUACACCUGAAAGAGAUUCCUCACCACAGCACAGGGUGACACAAGAGGCUCAGGCUGAGGGUUUAAAGGAAACACCAAAAGCCUCCCCUGGCAAAAGAGAGAUGUCUGUAGAGAAGAGUAACGCAACUGCUGAUGGAGACAGUCACACCAAGAAACCAUUCAUUGAAGCACCAACCAGAGAGGCGUCCCAAAGGAAGAAGGACAACGAGAGAGAGGAGAAAACGGACAAACAAAGACAACUGAAGGAGACUGCCAUGGCAGAGCCGGAGAAGCUUCCAGAGACCAGUGAGGAGACACCAAAGGGCUUCUCUGCUCGUAAGAUCUCUAUUAGCAGCAGUAAAUUGUCCCCAGGCACUGGCAGUGCAGAGGGUGAGCAAGACUCUGGGGCCGCAGCCGGUCGCAAGAGGAGGUGGGGCUCCAGCACAGCUGUCACUGCCAAGAAACCUUCAAUCAGCAUCACCACAGAUUCACUCAAGUCUCUGAUUCCAGACAUUCGCCCGUGUCUCGGGCAGGAGGCAGUAGUGGACCUGCACCCAGAGGAAGCUGUCCUCUCUGGUGCUGAGGAUGAAGAGAGGGAGUGCUCUGACCAGGAUCUUCAGAUCCGUCGGACUGUCACACAGGUGGUGCACUCAGAGAGCCAGGAGAAUGGAGAGAAAGAGACAAAGAGGAGCAGACAUGAUGAGCUGGAGGAGGAUGAACCACAGGGAGACACAGAGAUGACAAGGACCCACGAAGAGAAGAUGGACACCUCAUUUCCUGGAGCCGUGGAAAGCCAGUCUCCAUCACAUUCCAGCCAUGAUGUAGAAACUAACACUGUGACCCCCAGCGACACCCUCAUUCGCCGCUCCAUCAGCCAGCAAAAAACGGGUGUUUCCAUCACAAUCGAUGACCCUGUUCGCACGGCCCGGCAGCCCUCACCACCUCGCGGCAAGGUCUCCAACAUUGUUCACAUCAGCAACCUGGUGAGGCCCUUCACUCUGGGGCAGUUAAAGGAACUGCUCGGCAGAACAGGCACCCUGGUGGAGGAGGGCUUCUGGAUUGACAAAAUCAAGUCUCACUGCUAUGUCACUUACUGUAGCUCAGAUGAGGCAGUUGCUACUCGGGCAGCUCUUCAUGGAGUUAAAUGGCCUCAGAGCAACCCAAAAGUCCUUAACGUAGACUUCUGCCAGCAGGAUGAGCUGGACUUCCAAAAAGGCUUGGGUGUAGCUGGCAAACCCGGAGCAGAGGAACGGGGGCCUGGCUCUGGCCGUGGUCGGACAUCGGCUUUGCCCUCUCUCCUCCCUGAGCGAGACCAGUGGGCCGAGCGUGAGCGUGAGAUGGAGCGCCGAGAGAAGGCUAGAGCAGAGCGGGAGUGGGAUCGCGACAAGGUCCGAGAGUUUGGAAAACCCGGUGAAGAGAAGGAGGAAGGUCCCCGUAGGUCACGCUCCAGAGAGAGGCGCCGCAAGGAGAGGGGAAAGAGCAAGGAGAAGAAGACUGAGAAGAAGGAGAAAAUGGCUGAGGAUCCCCCUGCAAAGCUGCUUGAUGAUCUGUUCCGCAAAACUAAAGCAGCUCCUUGCAUAUACUGGCUUCCACUUACAGAGGAACAGUUUGUCCAACGGGAAGCUGCCAAAGCAGAACGGAUGAAGGAGCGUGAGAAACGGAGGAAGGAGCAAGAUGAAGAGGAGGAGAAAAAAAGGGAAGAGGAGCGCAAGGAGAGGGUGAAAGCUGGAGGCGGCCCACCUGGAGAACGAAGUGAGGGUGAGAAGGAGAAGGAAAAGGAAAAGGAAAAAGAAAAGGAAAAGGACAGAGACGGAGAGAGGGACAGAGACAGAGAUCGAGGUAGAGACAGGGAGAGGGAGAGGGAGAGGGUGAGGGAGAAUGACAAACGCAGGGAUGCCUACCGUAGGCCAGAGGGCCGUGCAGCAGGCGUGGGCAGACGCUCACGCAGCCGCAGCGACCCGCGAGAAAGGCGACGUUAAUGGGCAAUCAACUGAUGGAACUGUCCUAGAGACCACCCUCUUCCAUUUGCCUUUCACUACAUGUACUUUGUUACAACUAAGACCCAACAGAGGACCAACUGAUGUCGUCACCAUCUCUCAAAUUGUCACCUUUUUUAUAGCACAUCUACACUUAAACACAGUCAGGCUUGAAGGGGACCAUGGUUGUUUUUUUUGCGGUGUUGUUUCCCAGAGUGCUGUAUGUCGCACUUCUGUCAAGCUUUGAUAUAUUUUCUUUAUACUCUUGCCUCUCUUUUUCUUAAAUUUUUGUCUUGACGGUUUUGCAGUAUGGCACGCUGGGUAAUUUUAAUAAUUUCCCCUCAUGUUCCCCAUUUGCCCCAAAGUGUAGGUGCCAAUUAUGAUUUGCUAUCAAUUGUUGUCGCCUCCAGUGUUUUUAACAGCUCUAAAAUCAGGAUGAGGAAUCCUUUUGUUGCUGCAUGUAGUCCAAGGCUCUCCUUGCCAAUCCUGCCUAAAAGAAAACUGCCCUCUGUACAGAGGCUUGCAUAAAUCUGAAAAUAUUGGAAUAGGAGAGUUUGGCAUUUUGUACAGACAUAUAAGAUUACUUAAAACCACGUCUUUAAAUAAGGCAGCUCUGGGUAAUUUUUGGACAGGUGUGGAAUAACCGCUAAGGCAAUGCAGUGUUCCUCUCCAUGCGAUGGUUCCGAAUCUCCUUGGAGGAGAAUCGAUGUCUGUCACACUUGACACAAGUUAUGAUUAUGACCUUAUCAUUGAUUCUCUCAUUCCUCCCUCCUCUUCCUCCACUUCUCUUACCCUGUAAUGUCAAUAUAGGCCCAAGAGGGAGUUUUCUAACCAUUUUUUUUGUUACCUUUAUUUUAUCAUUUUAGUACAAAGGUUUGUUUUUUUGUUUUUAAAUUUCUUCUUUGAGUACGCCUAUCAGUGGUGAAUGUAUAAAUAAUAAAAGUUGAGAUUUGAAAUU